AUGGAACCUGACCCACUGCACGUCCACACCCCCGUUGGCGCAGACGGCCUUGCUGGCAGUGAUGCACAAGCUGUUUCUGCAGGAGAUGCAGGACAUGCAGAAGCACAAUCACUGGCGGGGGGUCCACCAGCAAACGAAGCGUCACAGUCAGAGACGACAUCGACGCCACCGUCGCCGACGUCAUCACCUGGGACGACAGCCAUUACGGUAGCCACCGAGGGACGAACCAGAGCAAUAACCAGAGAGCAACGCGAGGUGGUGGACGCAUCUGCGACAGAGCAAGAGGCAGAAGACAAGGAUGGCGCCCAACGCCCACGCCCACACCAACGCCAACCUCCUCGGGAGCAACCUCGAGCGGAACCCCUCGCCUGUGCGCCGGCUGUGACCAACAAAGCAUCGUCGCAGUCGCUUGUGCUUCUCACCGCCUGCGCAACAAGUGGUGGCAGUGACAGGGACAGGGUCAGGGACAGCAACGCGAGCACGUUGCCUGCGGACAGCCCUCUCGGCUCGCCAUUGCCGUCGCCCACGCCGCGGCAGCCGUCUCCAGAGCCUAGCGGCACUCUUGUGCUUGUCCCGAGGGCCAUCUCGCGCUCUCCGCGGUCGUCCCGCUCGUCCUCGGCAGCAGGAGCAGGAGCACGUCUGGAUGGGUCCCUGUCGCUGGACGACCUGCCCAACGAAGUGCUGCUGCACAUUCUCGGCUUUCUCGACGUCAACGACCUGCUCACAGCGUCCAGGACCUCCCAUCAUCUUCGCUGCCUCUGCGUGGCGCCCAUUCUGCACACACUCCGCCGCCGCCAGGUCCGCGCGGCGCUGCCGCCGCUGCUCGCGUCGCCCAUGCGGCCGUCGCUGUCCGACCUGAUUGCCCGCCACAUCUUCAUGACCAACACCACGGUCGUCUCGCGCAAACUCGCGCGCUCGCUCGUGUCCAUCCGCCUGUCGCGCCGGCUGGCGGCCCGUCCGCCCGCCCAGUUGCUUGUCGAGCGGUGCGUGCUGCCGCCCGAAUGCGCACCGGGCAUUGGCCAUGUAGCGCCGGCGCUGGCAGCGCGGACGCGGGCCGUCGAGCGCGAGAAACUAAAGGAUGGGCUGCGGCGGUGGGUCGGCGCCGUGUGGAAGCGCGAGGUCGGGCGGCGCAGCGAGCGGAUCCGGCGCUUUGACGAGAGCGUGGGCAUCGGCAAGGUGUGGCGGCUGCGCAAGUUCUGGGAGCGCGUGAGCCAUGAAGAAGGAGUGUGA